AUGGCCGCCGCCGCGGGCGCUGUGGCCGGCGCGGCCGGCGCGGGCCCGGCCGAGGCGCGGAAGCUGAGCGACCUGCGGGUCAUCGACCUCAAGUCGGAGCUGAAGCGCCGCAACCUGGACGUCACCGGCGUCAAGACCGUGCUGCUGUCCCGCCUCAAGCAGGCGAUUGAAGAGGAAGGAGGCGAUCCAGAUAAUGUUGAAUUAACUGUUUCAACUGAUACUCCAAACAAGAAACCAACCAAAGGCAAAGGUAAAAAACAGGAAGCAGAUGAGUUGAGUGGAGAUGCUUCUGUGGAAGAUGAUGCUUUUGUCAAGGACUGUGAAUUGGAGAAUCAAGAGACCCAUGAGCAAGAUGGAAAUGACGAGCUAAAGGAUUCAGAAGAAUCUGGAGAAAAUGAAGAAGAAAAUGUGCUUUCCAAGGAGUUACUUACUGCAGAAGACAACAAGGGAGCUCAUGAAUUAAUAGAGGCAGAAGCAAUAGAAGAUAUAGAAAAAGAGGACAUCGAAAGUCAGGAAAUUGAAGCUCAAGAAGGUGAAGAUGAUACCUUUCUAACUGCCCAAGAUGGUGAGGAAGAAGAAAAUGAGAAAGAUAUAGCAGGUUCUGGUGAUGGUACACAAGAAGUAUCUAAACCUCUUCCUUCAGAAGGGAGCCUAGCUGAGGCUGAUCACACAGCUCACGAAGAGACGGAAGCUAAUGCAACUGUGCGAGAAGCUGAGGAUGACAACAUCUCGGUCACAGUCCAGGCUGAAGACGCCAUCACUCUGGAUUUUGAUGGUGAUGACCUCCUAGAAACAGGUAAAAAUGUGAAAAUUACAGAUUCCGAAGCAAGUAAGCCAAAAGAUGGGCAGGCCCCCAUCGCACAGAGCCUGGAGAAGGAAAGCAAGGACUGCGAGAUGAACGCGAACCAUAAAGAUGGUAAGAAGGAAGACUGCGUGAAGGGGGACCCUGUCGAGAAGGAAGCCAGAGAAAGUUCUAAGAAAGCAGAAUCUGGAGACAAAGAAAAGGAUACUUUGAAGAAAGGGCCCUCGUCUACUGGGGCCUCUGGUCAAGCAAAGAGCUCUUCAAAGGAAUCUAAAGACAGCAAGACAUCAUCCAAAGAUGACAAAGGGAGUGCAGGCAGUGCCAGUGGCAGUGGUGGGAGCUCCACGAGGAAUAUCUGGGUCAGUGGGCUUUCUUCCAACACCAAAGCUGCUGACCUGAAGAACCUCUUUGGCAAAUAUGGAAAGGUUCUGAGUGCAAAGGUGGUCACAAACGCCCGGAGUCCUGGCGCCAAGUGCUAUGGCAUUGUGACCGUGUCCUCCAGCACGGAGGUGUCCCGCUGCAUUGCCCACCUCCAUCGCACGGAGCUGCAUGGACAGCUGAUCUCUGUCGAAAAGGUUAAAGGCGAUCCUUCUAAGAAAGAAUUGAAGAAAGAAAAUGAUGAAAAGAUCAGUUCAAGAUGUUCUGGAGACAAGAAAAAUACAAGUGAUAGAAGUAGCAAGACGCAAGCGGCUGUCAAAAAAGAAGAGAAGAGGUUGUCUGAGAAAUCUGAAAAGAAAGAAAGCAAGGAUGCUAAGAAAAUAGAAAAUAAAGAUGAGAAGAGUGAUAGUGGAGCAACUGGCCAAACUUCAGAAUCAGUGAAGAAAAGUGAAGACAAGAAGCGAAUAAGUUCAAAGAGUCCAGGACACAUGGUGGUAUUAGACCAGACUAAAGGAGAUCACAGCAGACCAUCCAGGAGAGGAAGACACGAGAAAAUUCAUGGAAGAAGUAAAGAAAAAGAGAGAGCUAGCUUAGAUAAAAAGAGGGACAAAGACUACAGAAGGAAAGAUAUCUUGCCUUUUGAAAAGAUGAAGGAGCAAAGAUUAAGAGAGCAUUUAGUUCGUUUCGAGAGAUUGCGACGAGCUAUGGAACUUCGAAGACGAAGAGAGCUUGCAGAAAGAGAGCGUCGAGAGCGAGAACGCAUUAGAAUAAUUCGUGAACGGGAAGAACGGGAACGCUUACAGAGAGAGAGAGAGCGCCUAGAAAUUGAAAGGCAAAAACUAGAGAGAGAGAGAAUGGAACGCGAACGCUUGGAAAGGGAACGCAUUCGUAUUGAACAGGAGCGGCGCAAGGAAGCGGAGCGCAUUGCCCGGGAGCGGGAGGAGCUGAGGCGGCAGCAGCAGCAGCUGCGCUAUGAGCAGGAGAAAAGGAACUCUCUGAAGCGCCCUCGGGACGUGGAUCACAGGCGAGAUGAUCCUUACUGGAACGAGAAUAAGAAGUUGUCUCUAGAUACAGAUGCACGGUUUGGCCAUGGAUCUGACUAUCGCCAGCAGAACCGAUUCAGUGACUUUGAUCACCGAGAGAGGAGCAGGUUUCCCGAGAGCUCCGUGCAGUCAUCCUUUGACAGGAGAGAACGCUUUGUUGGUCAGAGUGAAGGGAAAAAGGCACGUCCUGCGCGCAGAGAAGAUACUGGCUUUGAAAGGUACCCCAAAAGUUUCAGCGACUCCAGAAGAAGCGAACCUCCACCAAGAAAUGAACUUAGAGAAACAGACCGGCGAGAAGUGCGAGGGGAGCGGGAUGAGCGGAGGACAGUGAUGAUUCACGACCGGUCGGACAUCCCGCACCCCCGGCACCCCCGGGAUGCCCGGGACACUGGCCCCAACCCAUCACGACCUGCAGCUUGGAAGAGUGAAGGCGCCAUGUCCUCUGACAAACGGGAGGCCAGGGUUGAGCGAGCAGAACGGUCUGGGAGAGAAGUAUCAGGGCACGUGAGAGGAGGCCCCCCUGGCGCUCGAGGCAAUGCUUCAGGCUAUGGGAGCAGAGAUGGAGACCGAGGGAUCAUCACCGAUCGGGGAAGUGGGACACAGCACUAUCCCGAGGAGCGCCAUGUGGUAGAGCGGCACGGUCGGGACACAAGUGGACCAAGGAAAGAGUGGCAUGGACCACCCUCGCAGGGGCCCAGCUACCAUGACACGCGGCGGAUGGGCGAUGGCCGGUCAGGGGUGGGGAUGAUGACCCAGCACGGAAGCAAUGCAUCCCCAAUCAAUAGAAUUGUACAGAUCAGUGGCAAUUCCAUGCCGAGAGGGAGCAGCUCCGGAUUUAAGCCAUUUAAAGGCGGACCUCCACGGCGAUUCUGAAAAGAGCUCAUUGCCGUGGUUCAAGUUAAUUUAUUGAAAUCUUCUAUGAACUUGAUUGACUACUUACCAAGAGGACCUCUGGCUUGCUUGAGAGUUUGUCAGACUUUUUUUUCUUUUUUUUUUUUAACAUGAUUUUCUCAAUUUUGGAGAAGAUGUUUAAAUAGUUCUGUUGUAACCUUUAAUAGUUUUGUGUAUCAUUCGGCUUUUUAUCUCGCAGAACUGAGACACAUUUGAAAAGAUUGGAAUCCAAACCAUUUUGUUUAAUGCUGUGUGAAUAUAAAGAGUAGUUCCCAACCGUGCGAUAGUAGUUUGAUUUGCAGCAUUAGCUUUGUGGUAUCUGGCCCUGGAAUUCUUCUCUCCAAGGUUGUCAGCCUCCAUUUUGAAGGCUGUCCCAACUUCAAAGGUCUUCUGUCUUAAUUUUUAGAGAAUAAGAUUGUUCCUUGCAUUUCUGAGUAUUAUGUAACCUAUUUUUGCAGAAGGUACUGUUACAUUAAGUGCAUCUGUGUAUCCUGGUUUUAAAAAAAAUGUACUCUUUUUUGAAAUAAACCUUCAUAUUCUGUAUAGCUGCUGAAGCGUUGGGAACCUUUUUAAUUGUAAACGGAAACCGAUGUUGAGUGCAGUGGCACACUUGUUCCGCUCUGCGCGGCCUGGCCAGGGUGCUUGGCGGAACCUUGGCCAGGAGUCUUGUGCCCGAGGCCCUUAGACCAAGUGGUGCAGGUAAGUGCACUUUUAGGUCGGCUGUACUAUUCGAUGGGAAAUUCCAACUCUCGGAAUUGUGUGGGUAUUAAUGUUUCCAUGUUCCCAACUAUGUUGAGAAGUGGAAAAAAAAAACCCAGGUUCUGAAUUGGUGAAUCAGUUGGGUUUUGUAAAUACUUGUAUGUGGGAAGGCAUUGUUGUCUCUUUAUGAAAAUAAAAAUCCGCACUUGGAA